CGCGCCUGGCUCGCUGCAGAGACCGCUGGGAGGACAGGGGCGGUCAAGAGGAGGAGCGCCGCGCAUGCCCCAUGGCACGCGCCCGUGUCCUGAUCUGGGCGGUCUGCGCGCUGCGCCUGGCGCUGGCCACUGUCUACUUCCAGGAGGAAUUUCUGGACGGAGGUCUGCAGACCACUCAGAAUGGCCGAUUCUACGCCAUCUCUGCACGCUUCAAACCGUUCAGCAACAAGGGGAAAACUCUAGUCAUUCAGUACACCGUGAAACACGAGCAGAAGAUGGACUGCGGCGGGGGCUACAUUAAGAUCUUUCCUGCAGACCUGGAUCAGAAGAACCUCAAUGGGAAAUCACAGUACUAUAUUAUGUUUGGACCUGAUAUUUGUGGAUUUGAUAUCAAGAAAGUUCAUGUUAUUUUACAUUUCAAGAAUCAGUAUCAUUCAAACAAGAAAUCAAUCAGAUGUAAGGUUGAUGGCUUCACACACCUGUACGCUCUGGUUUUAAGACCAGACCUUUCUUAUGAAGUGAAAGUUGACGGUCAGGCCAUCGAGUCCGGCAGCAUUGAAUACGACUGGAACUUGACCUCGUUUAGGAAAAUGGAAGAGUCUUCAGCAGAGUCUAAGGAUUGGAAUCAGGCCAAAGACGCGAAAGCCCAGGACUGGGAGCAGCAUUUCCUAGACGCCAGCGCCAGCAAGCCCAGCGACUGGAACAGUGAGCUGGACGGGGACUGGCAGGCGUCCCUGCUCCAGAAGCCGCCCUACCAGGACGGCCUGAAACCAGAGGGCAUCGACAAAGACAUCUGGCUCCACCAGAAGAUGAAGAACACCAACUACCUGACCCAGUAUGACCUCUCGGAAUUUGAGAACAUCGGUGCCAUUGGGCUGGAGCUCUGGCAGGUGAGAUCUGGAACCAUCUUUGAUAACUUCCUGAUCACAGACGAUGAAGAGUAUGCUGAGAAUUUUGCCAAGGCCACCUGGGGCGAAACCAAGGGUCCAGAGAGGGAGAUGGAUGCCAUACAAGCCAAGGAAGAAGUGAAAAAAGCCCGCGAGGAAGAUGAGGAACUCCUGGCAGGAAAGUUUCAUAUGCGUGAAAGUCAUUUCAAUAGAUAUUACAGGCGGGAUGAGCUUUAGUCAUCCCUAUUAUAAAGAUGACUGAUAAAAACCUUGUUUCUACUUUAAUCUGCAUUGAAAAGGUCACUUGGUAACUGGUCCAGCUUUCUUUUAAAAACGUUCCGUGCUUUUGGUGGGGUCAGUCACGUUUUCCUCAGUGAUCCCUAUGCACCAGGAAGUUCCCCUCCCCAGAUCUGAGCGCUG